AGCUGAGACAGAGAGGAAGAGAGACAUGGAAGAUGAUAAAGGUACAGUUUGUGUAACAGGUGCAACAGGGUAUGUAGCAUCAUGGCUAAUUAUGAGGCUUCUUCAACAUGGUUACUCUGUCCGAGCCACCGUUAGAUCUCACCAUGCUGCAGAGAACAAGAAAGACCUCAGCUAUCUAACAAACUUACCGGAAGCAUCAAAGAGGCUUCGAAUCUUCCAUGCUGACCUCAACCAAGCAGGUAGUUUUGACAAUGCUAUUCAAGGGUGCGCGGGAGUGUUCCACCUCGCGCACCCAAUGGACGUGCAAGGCCAAGAGCCUGAAGAAGCGGUCACAAAACGUGCUGUGGAAGGAACUCUAGGAAUUUUGAAGGCGUGUCUGGAGUCAAAGACAGUGAAGCGAGUGAUUUACACUUCUAGUGCCGUAACGGCCCUGUUCAAUGGAAAUUUAAAUAUUAAUGGUGAUCAAAACUUGGUGGUGGAUGAAGAUUCAUGGAGCGAUUUAGAAAUUUGCCGAAGUUGGAAGCUUGUGAGCUCUUCGUACUUGGUCUCCAAAACUUUAACUGAGAAGGCUUUCUUGGAGUUUGGAGAACAUAAUGGAUUGGAGGUGGUCAGCUUGGUUCUUCCUUUGGUUGUAGGACCUUUUGUUUGUCCCAAAAUACCAUCAUCUGUCUAUAUAGCACUUGCCAUGAUCAUCGGAGACGAGAGUCGAUACGAUUAUCUCACCAACUCAUACAUGGUGCACAUAGAUGAUGCCACCAGUGCUCUUAUAUUUCUUUUUAAUCAUGGUAAUGCUAAUGGAAGGUAUAUUUGUUCCUCAACCCAAAUAUCAUUUUACCAAAUGUAUGAAUUUCUUCGUGGAAGAUAUCCAGGGCAUCACAUAACAAUUCCAAAGGAGAUGACAAUUGCAAAUAGUGAUCGAAAGUUCAGUGUUCUAUCAUCAACAAAGCUCUUGAAUACUGGGUUCAAGUUUGAGCAUGGCAUCAAUGAAAUGUAUGAUGGAGCUGUACAGUGCUGCAAAGAGAAGGGCUUUCUUUAGUUCGUCUAGGAACUAAACAAGAAGAUAUGCAAUAAUGUAUUUAGAACAUUAUAGUUGAUAAUAAUAGCUAGCUAGUUACUUAGGAUAUUUAUUUUAUUAUGUUGAGGUUAAAAUCAUAUUUAAUUCUUUAUUUUUUAAUU